AUGGUGAUGGUGAUGGUCCGCGUCCAGUCGCUGAUCUGCAUUGGGAACCUGCUGCCCAACCUCGAAGAAUGGAUGGUGACCGACCAGAUCUUCCCCGCCAUCCCGAAGAUUGCCGCCAAGGAGCCGGCCGUGUUGAUGGCGAUUCUCGGCAUUUAUGAGCGCAUCUUCUCCGGCUUCAGCCUGGCCGUCGAGCUGUGGGCGCGGACGUCGUUGCCGUUCCUCGUCUUUUCUUCUGUUGAUAUGUCGCUGAAUCAGGAUCAAUACCUCCAAUAUGUCAACUUCAUCGAGAAGGUCCACAACAAGGUCAAGGAAGAGCACCUGAAGAAGCUGUCGACGAUGAGCUCGGACCGGGAUGCUAUUAACCAGGGAUCCGGCGUCCUCUCCGCCAAGGCGCCCCAAUCGGAAAAUAUGAGUGCCCUCGACUCGGUGUUCAACCCGACUCCCACCAAGUCGGCGGCCGCUGCUUCUGGCAUUUCGAAGCCCCAGAAUAAUACGGGCGUGCUGAGCCUGGAGGACAAGCGCCGCCUCGCCCAGCAGCAGGAGACGAACACCGUCACGGCUGCGACGUCGACGGCAAACGCGUUUGACGACCCGCUCGGCAAGUCCAAGAAGGUGCCGAUGAACCAGAUGAAGAGCAGCUCUGGCGCCGUGCAGCCGACCAUCAACACGGACUGGAUGGGCAUGGGGGCGACGGGUGCGUUUUUACUUACUUGU